CCGCGGGCAGCGGGAGCAGCAGCGGCCGCAGGCCGGCGGGCAGCGGGGUCCCCUCCUCUCGCCGCCCGCCCGCCCGGGCCAUGGGCAGCCCCUGACCCCGCCGCAGCACCCAGCGCCAACGAUCAAAAAUGACUGUCAAAGCUGUAAAAAUGGGGUGCACAGCCCCAAAUGUCUAUUCUAAAGUGCCUGACGGAGGAUGGGGUUGGACAGUUGCUUUUGCUUUCUUCUUUGUGGAAGCUCUCACGUACGGCAUUAUAAAAUCAUUCGGUGUCUUCUUCAAUGACCUGAUGGAAAGCUUUGAUGAAACCAACAGCAGGAUAUCCUGGAUAAUAUCCAUCUGUGUGUUUGUGCAGACCUUCACAGCUCCUCUGUCAACGGUCCUCAGCAAUCGCUUCGGUCACCGCUUGGUGGUGAUGGCCGGGGGGGUGCUGAUCAGCACCGGUAUGGUCAUUGCCUCCUUCGCCCGCUCCGUUGUGGACAUGUACAUCACCAUCGGCGUCAUCUCUGGCCUCGGAUACUGCCUCUCUUUCCUCCCGACUGUCACCAUUUUAUCACAGUAUUUUGACAAAAGGCGUUCGCUGGUCACAGCAGUGGCAUCCACAGGGGAAUGUUUUGCUGUCUUCUCCUUCGCACCAGCAAUUACUGCUCUGAAGGAGCAGAUAGGCUGGAGAUACAGCCUCCUUUCUGUCGGGGUGCUGCAGCUGAGCAUCGUCAUCUGCGGGUCUCUCCUGCGACCCAUCAUCAUCCAAGAGCAAGAAGAAGUGAAAGCGCAGCCUCCAGAAGAGCCCACGGAGACCAAGUACAUGCUUGAAAACGAGCAAACACGCACCUCAAUAGAGUCCAUAGACUCAGGAGUUGAAAUAACUACCUCACCCAGCAAUGUGCCUGGAAAAACCAAAGCAGAGCCGAAAAGUGAAGAACCAAAGGAACACGUGCAGAUACUUGCUGAAAAUAACAGCACCCCUCCAGAACCAAAAACCAAACUACUGGACUUUUCUGUGAUGAGAGACUAUAGCUUUAUCUGUUAUGCAUUCUUUGGCCUGUUUGCUACCCUGGGCUUCUUCGCUCCUUCCCUCUACAUCAUCCCCUUGAGUCUCAGCCUUGGUAUCGGCAAAGACCACUCUGCAUACAUACUGUCAGCCAUGGCGAUUGCAGAGGUCUUUGGAAGAAUCUCAGCGGGCUGGGUCCUCAACAAGAAGCCCAUCCGCAAGAUCUACAUCGAGCUCAUCUGCGUUGUCCUGCUGUCUGUAGCGUUGUUUGCCUUCCCUUUUGCCUCCGAGUUCUGGGGCUUGAUGACAUGUAGCAUAUUCUUCGGGUUCAUGCUCGGAACGGUAGCGGGCACACAUAUUCCCCUCCUGGCAGAAGACGACGUGGUGGGCAUCGAGAAGAUGUCUUCUGCGGCUGGUGUCUAUGUCUUUAUUCAGAGCUUAGCUGGGUUGGCUGGACCACCCCUUGCAGGUGUCAUAGUGGAUACGACACAGAACUACAGCUCAGCCUUUUACUCCUGUGCUGCUGGCAUGGUCCUGGGCGCCGUGUUCCUGUCCCUGGUGAGACCGUGCAAGGUUGGGCUGUGCCACUGCUCACAGCAGGGCACGGAGGAGAGCGCGGUGGGGGCUGCGCCAGACUUACCUGAUGACUUUAUAGACAUGGAUAUUGGAAGAGGUGAAAAUUCGGGAAAAGGGGAAAAUUCAGGAAAAGGGGAAAAUUCAGGAAAAGGCUCUGACAAAGUGGUAUAAACCCCCCCACACACCCGGUUCCUUCUCCAUCUCAAUCUGCCCGGCGCCAGACUGGGGAAGAUGUCAGCUCUGCUCCACGUUUUAAAGCUCCAUUCUAAAGGGAAUGUGAAAUUUUAAAUGUGAACAGUUGCUACCGACAACUUCUUUUUGUUUUAAUGAUUAGGAAGAACUCUUUUAACCAACAAUGGAAAGCUCCAUAGAAAAUACGGAUAGCCACAUCCAAUAACUUGUGUCUAGCAUGAAGAUGUGAUGCACACUCCCGCUUUCCUGUUAACAAGCAUAGGUAAAGGUUCAACUGACCCCAGAGAAACUGAGAACAACAGCCGAAGCAGCUCAGCCUCUGACUGUCCUCAGCCAUUCCCUACCACAGAUUCCAAGCAAAUACGACACCGACGGCAUGAACUGGAGACAAGCGUUUCAUACACCACCAGUAGCCAAGUCAAUCUUCUAGGAGAGUAAGGACUCAUGUUUUCGGUUGGAGGAGGCUAGGCUAGAUAGCUGACCUAGUAGAAACCAUUGUCAAUGUUCUUAACUUGAACGUCACACAUGCUGGGAAAUCAGAGGCUCCGUAUGUCUUUAUGGCCAGUUAUUACUGCACAUCUUAAUCACAAGAUAAUUUUUCUUCUCCUGAUUGGUAUCCUUAGAACUGUUUUUUCCCUGUUGAUAGCCAGCUCUGAUGUACUGUUUCUAAUUUAAUUAGUAUUUAUUAAUUUAUUCUAAGAUUGCUAAAGGAGGUUAGCUUAAAUAUGGGGAGAGGAAAAAUCAUCUUCUGCAGAUCGGAAAGCUGUCUUUACAUCACCCUCUUCAACACCUAUCUUGUAUUGCUAGCUUGUGAAAUUGUUGGGAACCUUACAGCAUAGAGUGUAGCUGUUUUGAAUAGGUAGGUCUUAGGUAACCCAGUUCUUAUUUAGAAAGGAAGAAAAAACCCCAACCCAAUAAUAAACCACAGAUCCAGCAUCUCUUUCCGUCAGGCCUCAGCUGGUGUCACUGGACCUAGCUCUGCUGCUGUCACCAGCCCACCCCACAGGGAGGGUUGGGCUCAGUAUGUCUUAAUGGACCCAAAACCUUCGCUUACACGUGCACAAGGAAAUCUCUGCCACAUCACAAAUGAAUGUGGAACAUCCCCUUCAUACCCAGCCCCUGCAGUCUGUUCCCCACAUUGCCAGUCAUGGGGCACGUGCCCCCUGCU